CAGUAGACCGAGCUACAGAGAGGAGUUGGAGGAUAUAGCAGCACUCCGGCGUUUAAACUGCUCGUUUAAGGUCUGUAGCACAUUGUGCUUCUCCAAAGAGCUGUGGGACCAGAAGAUAAAGCCAGCAGCUGAAAGUGUCUCGGUUUAGGGUGCACCGGGGGGGCAAAGAGGCAGGCGCAUGAGGAGGGGGUGUCUGGAGACCCCUGUCCCUACAUAAAGCGCUUGCACGCGCACACGCACUGGACAUUGCUAAAGGAAGAGGCACCCAGGAACCCGCCCGCAGCCAUGAGGUCCAUCCGCUCGUUCGGAAACGAUGAUCGGCACGUCAUGGCGAAACACUCCACCAUCUACCCGUCUUCCGAGGAGCUAGAAGCCGUACAGAGCCUCGUCUCCACCGUGGAGUGCGCCCUGAAACAGGUCUCCGAUUGGAUGGAUCAUCCUCAAGGUGUUGAGCCGAAUCCCGCCAACAGUCCAGAGGAGGAGGCUGAAGCCAGUGCUGAAGAAUCGGCAGAAGACGCGACCAAUGAGGGCGGCAGCAGCAGCAGCAGCAGCAGUAGUGGUGGUGGUGAUGCAAGUAACGGGAAGGUGCUGUGCGGCGUGUUUCGCAUCGGCCUGGUGGCUAAAGGGCUCCUCAUUAAAGGCGACAUGGAUCUGGAGCUGGUGCUCAUGUGUCGAGAGAAACCCACACACACACUGCUGAGCACUGUCUGUGACAACCUGCCAGUGCAGAUACAGAAGCUCACAGAGGAGAAGUAUGAAGUGGUGUGCUCUGUCCCUGACGCUGCCAUUCUGAUUAGCAACACAACGGAGCCCAAACUAAGAUUGAAGGUCACACUCACAUCCCCAAAGGUCAAAGACGACAGCGAAACUGAGGAACAAGAGAGCGCUGAGGCGAGUGAGCCGGUAGACCUGCUGGAUAGACAGAGGUGCCUGGUGGCGCUGGCCUCUCUGCGACAUGCUAAAUGGUUCCAGGCGAGAGUAAUCGGCCUAAAAUCGGGAGUGAUCGUUUUACGGAUUCUAAGGGACAUGUGCAAGCGAGUACCAGCCUGGGAGCCUCUCAGCGGAUGGCCGCUGGAGCUGAUCUGUGAGAAGGCAAUCGCGACAUGUAACCGGCCGCAGGGAGCUGGAGAGGCACUGCGCAGGGUCAUGGAGUGCCUGGCUUCAGGGAUCCUGCUCCCAGGCGGACCGGGGCUGCAUGACCCGUGUGAAAAAGAGCCCAAGGACACGCUGGCGGGCAUGACGGACGAGCAGGCGGAGGCCGUUACUUACAGCGUGCAGCAUGCACUUCGACUUAUGGCGUUUGGGCAAAUCUACAAGGUCUUAGAGAUGGAUCCACUGCCCUCAAACAAACCCCUACAGAAGUAUCCCUGGUCAGACAAAGAAGGUAUGGGAUUAAAAAGGCCUUAUGAUGACAGCCUGACGGACGACAAAGAUCUUAUUAAAAAGAUGAAACGCAACCUGAGAAAAGUUCUAGAUAGUAAAGCAAUAGACUCCAACCAGCCCAUGAACGCUCUGAUGCGGUUGAACCAGAUCCGUCCAGGACUGCAGUAUAAGCUGCUGUCACAGUCUGGUCCGGUUCACGCACCGGUCUUCACCAUGUCCGUGGACGUAGACGGAACAGUCUACGAAGCCUCCGGCUCUUCCAAAAAGACGGCCAAGCUUCACGUGGCUGUUAAGGUGCUGCAGGCGAUGGGCUACCCCACGGGCUUCGACACGGACCUGGACUCUCUGAGUGCAGACGAGAAGUCCGACAGCGAGGGCAAGAGUGAGACGUCCACACACUCGAGCAAUAACACGUCACACUGCAUAGACAGCUCCAACACACUGGAGGUGCGAACUCAGGGUCCUAUUCUGACGGCGAGCGGUAAGAACCCGGUGAUGGAGCUCAAUGAGAAACGACGGGGUCUCAAAUAUGAGCUGAUCUCUGAGAGUGGCGGCAGCCAUGACAAACGUUUUGUUAUGGAGGUGGAAGUUGAUGGGCAGAAGUUUCGUGGUGCUGGACCCAAUAAGAAAGUAGCCAAAGCUAGUGCUGCUCUCGCUGCUUUGGAGAAACUGUUCUCUGGACCCAAUGCAGCCGGCAACAAGAAGAAAAAAAUCAUCCCUCAGAAUAAAGGCGUCAUUGCUGCCGCCGCCGCCGCUUCUGCUGUAGCUGCUCAGGCCGCUCGAGGUAGAGGAAGAGCUGCACUCGCACGAGGAGCCUUCAUCAGUGCAGCUGCACCAGGCUACGUCACACCAGGGUUUGGAAGUCCGUACGGAUACGGCGCCGCCGCUGCUGCUCCUGCAUAUGGUUUGCCCAAGAGAAUGCUUCUGUUGCCCGUCAUGAAAGUGCCCGCCUACCCCAUCCCUCACUACUCCUUCUUUUAGCUCAGGAGAGUCACCAGACACCCUGACACCUAUCACCCACACACGAGCCAUGUUUAAUCCAGAAGGGAAGUUUAGCUAGCAUGUAUCCUCAUGAACUGCUGUAAAAGUUUUACCUGGAGAAUCAUUUGUAAAGGACGUUCAGUUUUAUUUUAUUUUAUUUUUAACUUAAUGUUUUCCAGCCUGAUGCAGGUUUUUAAGUUCUUAAAGAAGAAAAAAAAAAUGACUUGAAGGAUUUUUACUGUGAAUUGUUACCUCAUUCAUGACAUUUUAAAUUAUAUUACUUUUCUUUGGCAUUGUUUUCUAUAGUGUGGAUAAAGGCUUUCUGAUUGGGCGAUAGGCACUGUCUCUAAAGCUUAGGGAUGUAUAGCUCUUAUUUAAAUUACUGCUGAUAAAUAAACCUUC